UUUCAGAUGAAUCACAGAUCAUCGCAGAGUGUAAGAUACACUCAAGUUGGUUGGGUGUGCUUAGCAAUUGGAUUGUUCCUUCAAAUAGUAUCCGGUAACCUGGUGAAUAGGUCGCCGAAUCUUCUUAAUCAUCAUCGUAUUACGAAAAGAUCCUUCUAUGAUUUACAGUGCAAAGGAGUCUACGAUAAAAGUAUAUUCGCAAGAUUAGACAGAAUUUGUGAAGAUUGCUACAAUCUUUUUAGGGAGCCUUCAAUAUAUUCUCUUUGCAGGGAUAGCUGUUUUACCGACAAAGUUUUUAGAGGGUGUGUGGAAAGCUUACUUGAAGAUUGGCCGCAACUGGAAAAAAUGGUAGAAUACGUCGGAAAGUGAGCUUUUUGCCCUUAAACGCCCAGUGUCCUGUUAAUCUAGUCGAUGAAUGUAUCACCAAUAGGCGAUUAAUAAUUUAA